AUGGCAGACGUCAAACCUUAUUCGGCGCUCAUGAGUAUGCCAUCAGAAAUCAGGGUUAUGAUAUAUGAAUACCUUUUCAACGAUUACAACAACAAAAUAUUCGAAAUCCGCAACCAAAAGCCAUACACCUAUGGCCAACGUCAUGAUGGACCUUGUCGUUCCCUACGGUCUUCUUACAGUGUCGAUUUCUCUCCUUUGCGACAACGACUCCAGACGACAUAUGAACUAUGCACUGCUGUCGAUAUACACACCUCUAUAAUGAGAGUGAAUCGCAAGAUAUACGAGGAAACUUUACCAAUGUUGUAUUGCAAUCGAGCAUUCAGUUUUCAUAAAGACAUUGAGGCCAUCGUUCCCUUCUUUUCCGACCUAAAUUCUGGUACACGACCUUUAGUACAAGAGAUAUCUCUUUUCAAACAAGGUUUCAUCUUUUCUCUCGAAUCGAAUCGAUGCGAUUGGAACAAUCUUUGUAAAUUCUUGAGAGAUCAUAUGCAAUUAAAGGGAUUGAAAUUAAUCGUCGAGGGAGGACAACCAAGAGGCGAACGGGAAACGAGACAAUACACAUCGUCGGAGUUUGAGACUUUAACAACUCAUUCAAAUGAACACUUGGUAUGGGUUUCCCAAUUGCUAGAAAUCAAAGGUAUUCAGAAAUUGGAUAUCACCUCUGAGAUGCAAUCUAUGCCCUCGUCAAAUCACUCUUCAUCUAUGGCUCUUUUUGUCGCAUUUUCUGCUUCAAUCAUGAAUGGAUUUGCCGAGUACUUGCGACGAGAACUCAUUGGUGUAUAA